AUGAUACUAGCGUCCUUUGUUAAUAGCAGUAGUGAUGAUAGCGAUGAGGAGCAAGGAACGAUAAUAAAUCUUGCUUCGCAUCGGCGAAUGAUCCGAACUACGACAGAUGCGUUGGAAUUGCCUGACCGAGCCUUUAUUAAGAGUUUUCGUGUGUCGAAGGAUAUUUUUGUUAGUAUUCUUCGUGAUAUUGAGCCAAGAUUUGCUCCAGUCAAAGGACGCGGGUUGACUGUCAAGGAAAAACUUGCCGCUGCUUUGCGAUUCUUAGCAGAAGGCAGUUAUCAGCAUGGAGUUGGUCAAGACUACGUGGUAGCUAUUGCCCAACCAACCUUCUCUGCUAGUUUUCAAGCAAUUUUGGAUGCUAUGGAAGCCACACUAUGCCCCAAGUGGAUUUCGCUUGAGAUGAGCAGUAACGAGCAACAAGAAGCAAGGCGUUACUUUUUUAGAAAAAGCGAAAUACCCGGCAUUGUGAUGUGCGUAGAUGGUACACACGUACCAAUUAUCGCUCCAAAAAUAAAUAAGGAUCAAUUUUACAACCGAAAGGGAUUUUCUAGCUUGAACGUAAUGAUGGUAGGCUUAUAUAUACGUUUUUACAAUAGAAGAGCUCUUAUUUAG